AGGGGGGUCGCUGGCAGUUAGAAGGCAGGCUGAACGGAUCAGAGGUCAGUUUAAUCUCCAACCCUGAGUAAUCAUUCACUAUAUGUUAAUCUAAUUUUAGUCACACCGUCGACAAGGCAGUCCCAGUUACACAAUAAAGGAGCGAGAGCGUGUUUCAUAUGUUCUUGGCAUUCCCGGUGGUUUCCAUUGUGGAUUUUUGUUUUCUUAGUAGCAGUUCAGCCAUCUUCCUCACUAUACACAGCUCCCUGUUACUGCAGUUCAGUAUGUAAAACAGGAGUUCACUUGCUCUCUGUUAGAGGAAGUGGUUAUGCUCUGCAGUGAGAAAGAGAAGGGGGAGGGUGCUCGCAGGCUGAUAACCACAGAUGGUCGAGCGAGGCUGCACUAGAGAGUGAACGGGGGAAAAGGAAACGGGUGCAAAGAACGACGGAGAAGAAGAGGAGGCAUCACUCUCCGGUUGCAUUGCCAAGGUGACACUCAGAUGAGAGGAGCGUAUAAGGUUUGAUGCUUUCAAAAGGCUGCAUGGAUGCUCCGUUCAUAAAAACAGCAGCUGAACUGAGAGGCUGUUGAACUGAAUCGUCACAAGAAGAAACAGGAUGUGGUAUUGUGUACACGCCUUUGUGACGGCUAGAUUGCAAGUAUAGCGGGUACCAGUCAGGUGGCUAAACUUGACACCCGGCUGUAAAGUGACUCCAUGACACCGUGGGCUGGAUGGUCCUAUAUUCUACAUUUAAACAGCAGUGUAGACGUAUGCAGCCACCAAUGGGCAGGUGCAUAUAUGGUGUCAGGCAUCCGUAGGAAGUGACACAUCUACGCUGCUUCUCAGAUUUACUGGCCUCCCCCACCUGUGUCGCCCUUUGAUCUGGGACUUCUCUCUGGAUGAGUAUAAUCACUUGUAGUUAGGCUAAAGCGUGACUUCCUCAAGCUGUCAGCGUGCCAGACCUCUCCAUGACUGUCAACACGGAGCCGACCCCCUCCAUGACCAGCAGCAACAGCAUGAGCAGCGGGUACUGCAGCCUGGACGAUGAGAGUGAAGACUUCACUUUCUUCACAGCCAAGACUUCGUUCUUCCGCAAACCCAAGCACUCUGUUAAGAAGAGUGAGGCAAAGGAGGAAGAAGAGGGCGGUGCAAAAGACCUUCCGGAGGAAGAUGUGCGGACCAGGAUAGAAGAAUAUAAUUCCAGAGUGUCAGAGAAUGGCAUGAAACUGGCUUCAGACGGGUCCUACACAGGUUUUAUUAAGGUCCAUCUGAGGCUCAGUCGGCCAGUCACGGUGCCCGCUGUGGAUGCAACAAGCCCGGUAGGGGUUGUGAGAGGCCUCGACGGAGCACCAUUCGAGGGCCAAGACUGCGUCCAGGGUGAGGACAGAACCUCCUUCUACCUCCCAUGUGACUGUGUGAAGCAGCUGCACAUCAGCUCUAUGACCACCACAAGAGAGGUCAUCCAAGGCUUGCUGAAGAAGUUCAUGGUGUUGGACAACCCCCGCAAGUUUGCCUUGUACAGGCAGACGCACCGUGAUGGACAAGAUCUGUUCCAGAAGCUUCCUCUGUGUGAGCGCCCUCUUCUUUUGAGACUGAUAGCAGGGCCCGACCCGGAGCAGCUUAGCUUUGUCCUCAAGGAAAAUGAGACUGGAGAAGUGGAGUGGCAUGCGUUCUCUGUCCCGGAGCUCCAGAACUUCCUGGUCAUUCUGGACAAAGAGGAGUCGGAGCGGGUGCGAGCGGUUGAGUGUAAAUACACCGUGUACAGACGGAAACUACAGCAAGCUCUACAACAACAACAACAACAACAACAACUUGACCCCUGACCCCCCCCCCCACACCUGUUACCAUGUGACCGCAGCGCAGGGAGAGACUAAAGCCCUUUCAACACUGAACACCCUCUUCCGCUAGCCCAUGAGAGAUGUGAGCUGGUCUGAGAGGUUGGAAAGGAAGCCCUCCGUUCUCCGAAACGCCACACAAAACACACACCCUUUCUCAGGAUGCAUAUAAAACACCCCCUACACACACGCCCUCAAGCCACCAUCUUUGAGAAGCAUCGUGGGACUUUGGGGGUGUUGGGAAAAUCUCAGCCGGAACUGCAAAGUGUUGAAUUGCAUUGGAAAUGACCCUCUCUUCUUCGUCUGCUACUGCUGCUACUGCAAAGUGUUACUUACGCAUGAGUCUCAGCUCAUAUAACCCCCCCCCCCCCCCCCCCCCCCCCCUUUCCUCACACCUGUGCACCCAGUUGGAAUGAUAAACAGAAUGCAUGAUUAUCUUUGCAGCAUCUCUUCGGAUUGGAAGGACAAUCAAUAUACCAUGCGUGGAUGUUUAGGAUUAAGGUGUGAUCGUUCUGUUGCUUGAAUAUAAGACGUGGUGUUUAGGGUCUGGCUUUGACAACUGCGACAUGUGCAAGGAAAACAAAAAGCUUUAAAAACAAUCCUUUAGGUUACCUUCAUCCUUCAUUUCCACUUAAGAAGGUCACAUCUUUAAUCAGACCUUUCACGCGACCGAUGUCGGCAAGCGCCACCUGCGAAUGAAGCCAUUUCCCGACUUCAGAACACUUGUUUUUGUGCUUUUGAUGAGGAUGUUUGCUCCAAACGCGGAGGGACACAUGUCGCAUGAGGAUUUUAAAUGGGAGGAGCGCCUGCGCAAGCCAAUUAGAUACCAAACAAAAAUUCUGCCCACUUUUCAUUGACACUCUCAGAGAGGUAUUACUACAAUGUUUAUUGUUGUGGUGGCACCGUAUUGACCCAAAUAUUCGAUGACCCCCUCAUUUUCAAGACCUGACAAAAUAAAAAUCACAAUUUAAAUAUCAGUGAAAUAAAAGCUCAAUAAGAAAAACGGCAUCAUUGCUCCUCCGUUUAUUGAUAAACGUUCAGCGGCGAGAUCUCUCCAGGUUACUGGUGUGUGAGUGACAGGAUAAAAAGCUGACUCGUGUGUGGACAAGUUGUUUGGCACUACCUGCUGGUUUGCAUGCAUACACCUCUAGACCCUGAAUAUAGGACAACAUGUCUUUUCAGUCUGUUUUGUAGGGAAAAAUUAGCGUCUCAUAUUUGGGUCAAUAGGGUACUUUGCAGUGGCGUAGCACUGCACUGCAUCGUACCUCUUACUACAUGUGGCAUAUAUUGGAUGGCAUUAGAAGUGAUCCUAAUUGCCGCUUUUCCGCUGUACUGUACCUGUUGAAAUCGUACCACGGGGAUAAGUGCGAAAACCAUGCCGCAUUAAAGGCAUCAGUCACACAUGCUAACAAGUAACAACAAUGGAGGACAACAGGGGCUGAGGACAACAAGACGGAGACUGUGGAGUAUCCUAUUGUAUAGUCCAGAUAUGUUGUAGUUAUGUGUAGCUGUGUAUCCUCACAUGUGAAAAUACAACAAUUGAGCAACCAGUUGUGGUAUAUGACUGCACAGUCGGCCUUGUCGUACCUACUUUUGCCGUGCAGUGGAAAAGGGGCAAUGUAUGUUUAAUAUUAGGGCUGGUCUGUGUAUAUUUUGCACUUACAUGCAGGUUACUUGAAAAGCAAAACAAGAUCCUAAAUGCUAUGAUGUACCAAUGAUGUGUUUGCGAUGCCUACAGUAUGUAUUACAGUAUGUAGACACUGGAAAAUGAUGGUUUGUUGUUAUGACGAAUGGCAUUCUUCUCCUUCAACGUCUUGUGUGACAUCCCACCUUCAUUGUGAGGACAUUUGUCUUUGCGCGGACAUGUCGGCUGUUAAAUGAGGAUACUGCUUCUCAGUUGAGAUGUCUUCUACCAACACCACCCAAAGCUGGAGCUGAUCCUGCAGGCAGUGCCUUUUGUUUCAUGUGUCCCGAGACGACAUGUGCAGUACAUGUACUCUCUGGCUGGACAAUGUGUCCCAGUACACAGGUGCCUCUCAGUGUUUGUAUACUUUUUGCAUGUGUGCAAAUGUUUGUUUUUCUUCCACACGGUGUCACAUAUUCCCCCCCGCCUCCCAAAUGCUCAUUUGUCAUUCCAACAAACCAUUUGUGUGUGUGUGUGCGUGUGAGUGUUAUUUAUGCCAUUAGACGUUGAAGAGUUUGAGCCCUUAUGCUUUUUUGCAACUUGAAGAAAUGUGUGAUGACUAUAUCAAUAGAGUUGUACAGACUAUUAUCAGACUGAAAUAAAAGAAAACCUCUAUGGAAAUGGUUGUUCUCUU